AUGGAUGCCAUGAUUCUGCAAGAGAAGCUGGUGGAGAGAUUGCUUUGCCCUCGAGUCAGAACUGCACGACAGAAGGUUGUCUCAGAUAAGCAGUAUGUGGGUUUUGCUACACUUCCUAACCAGGUGCAUAGAAAGUCUGUGAAAAAAGGCUUUGACUUCACUCUCAUGGUGGCAGGUGAGUCAGGUUUGGGGAAAUCUACUCUAGUGAACAGCCUCUUCCUCACAGACCUGUAUAAAGACAGAAAGCUACUCAAUGCAGAAGAGCGAAUUAAUCAGACAGUAGAGAUCAUUAAACACACGGUGGACAUUGAGGAGAAAGGAGUCAAACUCAAACUCACCAUUGUUGACACACCGGGCUUCGGAGAUGCUGUCAAUAACAACGAAUGCUGGAAACCCAUCACAGAUUACAUUGACCAGCAGUUUGAACAGUACUUCAGAGAUGAGAGCGGACUUAACAGGAAAAACAUUCUGGAUAACAGAGUCCACUGCUGUCUUUACUUUAUAUCACCCUUUGGACACGGUUUGAGGCCGGUGGACGUGGAGUUUAUGAAGGCCCUGCAUGAAAAGGUCAACAUCGUACCACUCAUUGCUAAGGCAGACUGUCUCACGCCCAACGAAAUCAAGAAACUCAAAGACAGGGUACGAGACGAGAUCGAGAAGUUCGGCAUUAAAGUCUACCAGUUUCCGGAAUGUGACUCCGAUGAAGAUGAGGAGUUUAAACAGAUGGACAAAGAGCUGAAGGAAUGUACACCGUUCGCUGUGAUUGGGAGCAAUACCGUAGUGGAAGCCAGAGGCCAGCGUGUUCGAGGGCGUCUCUACCCAUGGGGCAUUGUGGAAGUGGAGAACCAAUCACACUGUGACUUUGUGAAACUGAGGAACAUGCUGAUUCGCUCUCAUAUGCACGACCUGAAGGAUGUGACCUGUGACGUUCACUACGAGAAUUACAGAGCCCACUGCAUACAGGAGAUGACCAGUAAACUGGCACAGGAUAAUCGCAUGGACAGUCCAAUCCCCAUCCUACCUCUGCCCACUCCUGACCUAGAGACCGAGAGACUCAUCAAGAUGAAAGACGAGGAGCUGAAGAGAAUGCAGGAGAUGCUGGAGAAGAUGCAGCAGCAAAUGCAUGAGAAAGACCAGUGA